AAUAGACCUGGCGCAGUUUACUUUGACGGCAAGUGGCGAUUGAACGCCGGAAAAGCUAUUAUAUCAUCUCACUUUACUUGCGCGCGAUCGACACAACCCAUCCGCUCGGAUGCAGCUGAUCUUCACAUCGCAGCAGGCAUGUCCAUCCCUAGGAGCGGUUUGUUUACAUCGCGCCCUUUGCACAUACCUUGGGCAGCCUGCUGCAAUCUAAUAACCUUGGGCAACUUCUACGAGCUCAAAAACUAAAAACAAACAAAAAACAAACUAAAAUCUCCAAAGUUCCAGCGCAGUUCCCCGAUUCCCGAAAGAAAAAUCCACCGUAAAUCAUCCAUCAUGAGUGAGCAAACCAACAAUCACACUGUGGAGGUGAAGCAGGAAAACCCCGACUCAAACCAGAGCGGCAAUCAGGGCGGAUCGCAGGAAAAAACACGCCAAGACAGCAUCGAGAGGAUCAUGCAGCGCAAGCACAGGGUUUAUCGCAUGCCUCGGAACCAAAAGCUGACCAAGCUGUCGAUGUACUCCUCAUGCCAGGGUACCGACUGUCGUUGCACCGGGUGGAAAACGCCGGAAGAGUAUCGCCAUAAGGAUGUGGAGGUCGAUUACUGCCCGGACUUUGGGGAAGAAUGUAGGAACCCGAACUGUAAACAUAGCCUUGAGAUGCACAUUCGUCAUCUGGGGGAUAUCAGCGAGGAUCAGAUGAACGAGCUGCUCGGCGCUAUCGUGGAUGUCGAGAACCUGUACAUGAGCAUGCUCCGGGAGACGGACACUGAUACGAAAAAGGUGUACGCGUAUCUGUUUCGUUUGCUGCGCCAGUGCAUUCUCACUCGGACGCAAGCAGUCAUACGAGGACCACUGGGAGAUCCACCGUUCGAGCAGCCUUCCAUAUCAAAAGCAGUCACCAAUUUCGUUCUCUACAAAUACGGUCAUCUUCAUCAGUCGGAGCUCGAUUCUAUGACGGAGGUAGCGAAAACGUUUCUGCAUUGUCUCAACCACUGGAACUUUGAGGCUCCGGGCGCACGGCAAGACUUGGUGAAUCAGGAAGACGUUUCGAACUACAAAAUUAACUACACCCGUUGGCUAGUAUUCUGCCAUGUACCGGCUUUUUGUGGUUCAUUGCGCCACUUCGAAACGUCGGUCGUGUUCGGUCGUACGUUGCUCAAAGCGGUCUAUCAGUACGUCUAUCAGCAGCUGCUGGCAAAGUGCAAAACGGAACGCGAUCGUAUGCCUCCCGAGAAGCGCAUCAUGCUCACGCAACUGCCAAAGUUCCUGGAAGCGCUCAAACAGGAGGUGGUCAAUGAGGAUUCACCUAUCUGGUCGGCCAACUUCAAACCAUCGGCCGCGCUGAUGCUGCACAAAAGCAAACGCCAGCAUGACGGUUCUUCAUCGUCGAGUGGUAAAAAGCUGCUCAGCGAUACGAAGCGGUUCAAGAAGGAGCUCGAUUGUGAAGAUCUGUCGGAUGAGGUGGUAGCAAGGGCGUUGAAGCGUAUUAACGAUUCAAACUACGCCAGCCGAGCGGAAGUCGUGUUUCCACCGAAUGCACCCCGUGACGAGGCGGCCAAAGCGGAAGAGAAUCGACGCGAGAUCGAGUUUCACGUGGUUGGCAAUUCGUUGACGAAGCCGGUCACGAAACAGUCCAUGCUGUGGCUGCUCGGUUUACACAGUGUCUUUGCCCAUCAGCUUCCGGGGAUGCCACGCGAGUACAUCAGUCAGCUGGUGUUCGAUCCCAAACAUAAGACACUGGCAUUGAUCAAGGAAGGGCGACCUAUCGGUGGAAUAUGCUUCCGGACAUUUGCCUCGCAAGGGUUUACGGAGAUCGUGUUCUGUGCGGUAACCAGUAGCGAACAAGUGAAAGGCUACGGUACGCAUCUGAUGAACCAUCUGAAGGACUACAGCACCCAAAGGGGCAUCAAGCACUUUCUCACCUACGCGGACGAGUUCGCGAUCGGUUACUUCAAGAAGCAGGGCUUCUCCAAAGACAUCAAAGUCGCCCGGCAGGUGUAUGCGGGAUUCAUCAAGGAGUAUGAAGGCGCUACACUGAUGCACUGUGAGUUGCACCCGAGCCUGAUCUACACGCAGUUCAGCUCGGUCAUCAGAAAGCAGAAGGAAAUCGUGAAGGAAUUGAUAACGCAGCGGCAACAGGAAGUGCAGAAAGUUCAUCCAGGCUUAACAUGCUUCAAGGAGGGACUGAGGAGCAUACCGAUUGAAUCGAUACCCGGUCUGCGGGAGGUCGGUUGGCGUCCACUGUUUCGUGCUCAGCGUACUGCCCGCCCACUCGAGGAAUCGGCUGAUCCGGACAAACUGGCAACAGCGCUGUCCGUUGUUUUGCAGCAUGUCCGUGCGCACACGGCAGCCUGGCCCUUUCUUAAACCGGUCAAUCAAGCCGAAGUGCCCGAUUACUACGAUCACAUCAAGUACCCAAUGGAUCUGAAAACUAUGGCCGAUCGUUUGAAGAACAAGUACUAUGUUGCUCGACGUUUGUUUAUGGCGGACAUGGCCCGCAUUUUCACCAACUGUCGGCUGUACAAUUCUCCCGAAACCGAAUACUAUCGCUGCGCCAAUACUCUCGAGCGUUACUUUCAAACAAAGAUGAAAGAGCUCGGUCUGUGGGACAAAUGAUGUCCGCUAAACAGGCACGAUCAUUCCCACCACCGUGCUGACGGUAAAGACGAAGACGACGAUGACGAUGACGAGGAAGAGGAGGAGGAGGACGACGAUGACGACAAGGACGAAGAUGGUAGUGGUGGUGCUGGUGCUGGCGGUCAUCAUACAACGGAUAGUGUUGGAAAGCUGGAAGCUCACGCAAAAAAAGAGGCGAGUAAAACGGCACUCGAUCAUACGACCGUUGGUGAGCACCGGAAAACGUACCGCAGGGCUAGUGGAAAGGAGGACCGGCACAGUUUUAACGCUAGCUACCAUACAUACGCCAAUAUUUACGGUUCUAGAUCCGAUUGUAAGGUUAGCUAUGGUAGAAAAAGUGUUCCGAGUGCUGGGAUGCGCAUUUCGCACGCUGCUUCCACCGCCAGCACCACACAGGAUGGCACAAAGAUACCCGUUCCGGGGUUGGAGCAUGAAACCGUUAGCAGUAUGGACCCUUAAGGGCGAAAAAAUUGGUAAAAUUGUAAACUGAAAACAGCCAAGUACUCAAAAUUAAGUUACUGUACGUUAUGGCCAAAGCAAAUGGAGCAAUGCAACUGUAUCUCAAAAUUGGAAAUACAUGACACUUA